AUGUGUUCUUUCUUACCUUGCAGUUGGUACAAUGUGAAUAUGUCAGUGGCUCAACCUUGGAAGUGGGGCAAGGAUAUGGGAUGUGACUUCGUUCUAAAAAGUUGCUUCGAGUAUAUGCAAUUGAAAAACGCCGCGAAUCAACCAAUUGACCCUUGGUGUGACUUACCUUACGAUGGUAAGACGGAGUGCAUACCUUACGACAACGCAUACGGCAGAUGCGAGUUGAAGCGACUGUCCGAAUCCCUACCGGAUGAGUUUCAACACUUUCGAGAAAUUGAUGGAAUUCCGGCUAAGGAAUUACCCUAUUUCGGAGGAGACGAUCUUUUAUGCGACUAUUGUCCGACGAUUGAUGCUUCGAAAGUAAAGCGCAAAUGGAGCAAUUUGGACCGAGUUCUAUUUGCAUUAACCACGACGCUAUGGUACCCUGGAGGUACUCUCGAUGCGGCAGAAGAGGGACAUUACAUGGACGCCGAGCUACAUGUCAGCGACACGAGUGUUCAAACGUCUCCGGUCUGCUCGUGUACUUUGGAGUGAAACCAUUUCAGUGUCCAUUAGCUGGUGGAAGUAUCCAAAUAAAAGUAACUUCGCCGUCAAGUUCGCUGCUAGGAGCCUUCGUCUGCCCUCCGUGUUCUCAAAUAUGCACGAACUGUCCAACACAUCAGCUCCCAAUGCAGAUUGAUACAGCAAUAGUGCCCGACACGUACCCAUGUUCUUCCAAUCGACCGUUUUCUCUUUG